CACAUCAGUUCAGAAGAGAUUGACUACAUACAGGCCAGCAAUUUGAGUGUGUACUGGUAAUUCAGUAUUGCAAUAUCCACAUCGUCAGUAUCCUUGGUAAUUGGCACAGUUUAUUAUCAUCUUAUCACCAAAAGGCUGCAGGGAAAGCUUUUGGGUUAGUCGGUCAUCUUCCUUUCUUUAGAAAGUUGGUGCGUGCAGUGGAAACAAAAGAUAACGAUCUAGCCACAGGUUGGAUCGCAUAUCCAAAUGGCUUUUACUGGCUUAAAACCCAUGCGUUCGCGACUCAUGAAGAUCGCGAAGGUGACGACAGUGUUCCAUCGUCAUCGCACCGUCCGUCGCUUUUUGUAUUUGUGGUCUCCUGUUGUUGCAAGUCCUGUUGCCAAAGCGGAUAACCAUAUCGACCAUGUUCCGACUCGCAGCCUCCACAGCCGUCAAGAGGGUCUCUACAGGAGCAUCCCGAAGGCUCCCAGCAAUUUCCCAAACGGCCUUCAAGGGAUCCUCUACUAUUGAGAUCGCUCCUCAGGCCCAGCUCUUUCACGCCACUGCUCGACGUGAAGAAGAAGCCAAGCCUGCUGAAGUUGAAGAAGAAAAGUCAGGAUGGUGGGAUCCUUUGUACGCCAUUCCCCUUGGUUUCACCUUUGCCAUUCCGGCCAUUCACAAUGAAUUUUUCAUCGUCAACGAGGAAACACAGUUGACUGGCGUCUUCCUCUUGUUCUGUGUGAUUGUUUACACCCAAGCGGGAGAAAUGAUCCACAAGGGUUUGGUGGAAAAAGCCGAUCAAAUGUUGGCCGACCAAAACGAAUUGGAGGAUGCCGUCAUUGAGUGCCUCGAGGAUCUCUACCAAGAUAUCGACAAACUCUCGGGAACCCUGGUAUCUGAUUUUGAAGCCAUUAGCCAGGCCACCGAAGCAACAUACGCCAAAUUGAACGCCGCUGGAGCUAUCAAGCCCCAGUACGACUUCAAGGCCCAAGUGGAACGUGUCCUUCAUUUGAUCGAACAAGAAGAAACCAACGUCAAGGAGAAGGCCAAGGGCGACCUCAUGGCCGAAGCCACUACCGCUGUUUCAGAUAAAUUCCUUUCCGAUAAGGCUAUGCAAAAGGCUUCCAUGGACUUGGCUUUGGCCAAACUCAAGGGAACCGCCAAGCCCGCCGACGAUCCCGUCAAGAACGCCUUUAUUCAAUUCUUCAAGGACAAGGCAGCUUCUGCCGCCAAGGCCGAUGACAGUGCCGAAAUGAUCGCACAGCGAGAAGCCAUGGUGGCCAAGUUGAACGGUAUUGCCAAAACGGAAGGUUUCUUCUUUGAAUUUGGCGCCGAUGGCAAGCCCAAGAUGGUUGUUUAAAUUGCUUUUUAGUCUAGGAACAGGCUAGGCAAGUACGAAUGUGGUCUUUCUUGGUUGAUUGAUUGGUUUUGGUGCAGUAGAACGCAGAGCACAUACAUUCUCGUGAGCCAAAGUAUAAAGAAUUCUAUAGCCUUGGUUCGUAAUGGAGU